GAGUGCGACGCUACUGCCGCCGGGAGGGGCGCAGAGUCCGUCUCCGUUCCGGCACUCCGGUGACGCAGCACCUGUGCCCAGCCGCCCGCGCCCUGAUCAGGUAUCUGCCUGAGCGAUCGCUGUCGGCAGCUGAACGUGCAGGAGAGCCGUCCGUGCCAUGGUGGAUCCGCAGCUGUCCUCGGCCGGCGACAAGCCGUCCGAGAGUGCGGUGGAGCGCCGUCUGGUGGGCGCCGCCGGGCCGGCCUCUGAGGAGGAGGACGCCGGUGCUGAUCAGCGCGGCCCGCAGCCUCUGCUGGACAGGAUCCGGCGCGACCGACAGGAGCUCGAGGCCAAGAUUGACAAGCUCAAGGGCUACAUCAGCGCCUCCAGCGAAAUGAUGAACAAGCUGAAGGGGCUGCCGGACAUGAAGGAGAGGUACGAGUCGCUGGCAGCCACCCGCGCCGACCUGGUGCAAAAUGCCGUCAACCUGCAACAGCUGCUGCUCAAACUCAAACACUCCGAGAAUCGGGCGGCCACGCUGGCCGGCCGGGAGCGGGCGCUAGCCCAGGAGACCACGGCCCGGAACGAGGCCGCCUUCUCUGAGCUCACUCACGAGCUCACCCCGGAGAUGGUAGCAGAGCUGGAUCCAGAGGACAGGGCCAAUUAUCAGAAGAAAAGAGAACUGUUGAGACGGAUUGAUCAGUCGCAAGAAAAG